GCCGCCCCCGCCCGCCGCCGCCGCCGCCGUCUCGCCCGGGCUCCGCAGCUCCGCCGCCCGCGGGGACGCCAUGGAGCCGCCGCCGGCCUGCGUGGCCAGAGUGUGCAAACACACUGCCUUUUCCUCUUGGUGGUGGUGGCUGUGGCUGACACAGACAAUUUUAUCAAACAUGCCUGGAGCUACGCAGAACCUGCUUACUUGCAGAGAACGAGAUGGGGUGGACCCUUCUCCCACUGAAAGGGGAAGAGCCCAGGAAGGCAGGAGCAGGGCCUCAGCCCAGGCACCAUGUUCUACAUGCAUUUGCUUAUCAACAAACGUGGGCCGUUGGCCAAAAUAUGGCUUGCUGCCCACUGGGAGAAGAAGGUCACCAAAGCUCAUAUAUUCGAGUGCAAUUUAGAGACUACUGUUGAAAAGAUCAUUUCGCCAAAGUUUACAAUAGCUCUGCGAACCUCUGGACACUUACUCCUAGGAGUGGUGCGGAUUUACCACAGGAAAGCAAAGUACCUCUUGGCAGACUGUAGUGAAGCUUUGACGAAAAUGAAGACAGCCUUUCGCCCAGGACUUGUUGACCUUCCACAAGAGAACUUUGAGGCCGCUUAUCAGUCCAUUACAUUACCUGAAGAAUUUCAUGAUUUUGAAACACCACUACCUGAUUUAAAUGCCAUUGAUGUUGCUGAACAUUUUACCUUGAAUCAGAGCAGAGCCGAAGACAUCACACUUACAGAGGAUUACGAAAGCAAUAUACUUCUCUGCGAUAGAAACUUUGAUGAAGAACCAGAUGCGCUAAGAAAACAGAGCUUCUUUGAUGGCAGAAUCUUAACGAGCAGUAACAGUCUUGUGGCUGAUCACAACUCUGUGAGCAUGAAUGGAGACAAGUCUGUGCUGCAUGAAGAUACUUACUGUUUUGAGCACGACUGUUUUGGAGACGAGGAGGAUGCUGCAGAUAUGAUUGAAAUCCUGUUGAGGGAUGAGCAAAAUGGCCUAGAUAAAGACAUUCUUGAUAUGGAAGAAGAACACCCUUUGUCACAAGAUCUGCCAGAGAACAGCACAGUCAUUGAGUCCAACUGCGCAGACACCACCAUUAAGAAAGUAAGUCAUCUAACGAAUGAAACAAUAUUUUUCUUGAAAGAAGAAGAAGGAUUUGUGCUUGAGCCAAUUGAUGAUACAGCUGUCAACCAGAGGAAAAAAAAUAAAAGGAAGAGGAAGUUGCUUGUGGAUGUAGACAAGGAACUCAGCUGCAACACUAUGUACAACCAACUUAACAACUGCACAGACAUCCUUGCUACAUUAGACCUUGCACCCCCAACAAAAAAAACAAUGAUGUGGAAAAAAUCAGGAGGUGUGGAUAAACUCCUGUCCCACGCUACACAGCCUGUGGUUCAUGCUGAGCUGCAAAUGUUGUUUGCAAAAUGCUUCAAGACUCGUGGAUUUACGAUGAGAAAAAAUAGAAUACAAAGAGAGUCUGAAAUGGAAGAAACAAGAAAAGAGCAAGAUACCACAGAAAUGCCGAUAGUAGAAGAGCCAAGUUACCUGCAGGAGUCAGCUCAUUCGGAGAUUGAGAGAAAAAUUAGAAAUGAUUCGUUUAUGUUGACAUCACAGAAUAGCAGAAAUGAAACUGAUGAGAACUGUGGUGAAACUAUAGAUGGAACAGCUUUUUCAGAGAGCUCCUCACUGGUGAAAAAUUCACUGGACCAAGAAGCUGAAACACAGCGAUCUGAGUUAACAAAGGACCUAACAAGGCAUGGUAAAGACAGUGAAGAAAUAAGGUGGAGCAAAAGAACUCUUCAGUUAUUAAAAACUUUACAGCACCUGAAGAGAUCAGGCGUGCGCUCUGUCAGUUUUCGGGAGCUCUGUCGGAAAAACUACCGGAAAGAAGUUGCAGCCAAGUUUUACAUCUUUCUUGUUCUAAAGAAACAGUUGGUUGUUGAGCUUAGUCAGAGUGUUCCCUUUGCUGACAUUACAGCCACCCUUGACCCCAUGUUCAAUGCUCACUAAGAUUAUGAGGUAUUUGGAUAAGCUCAUAAAAAUAUAUCUUAUUCUAAAUUUUUGCAGCAAUUAUAUUUCCUGGAAAAAUGACCGAAAGCCCUGUCAAGCCGUGGUAACUGAGCAGAGCUCUCUUUCCUUUAUGCCACCUCUCAGAACUGCCGGGUAACUGGCUGGCCUCAGUAUUGGUCACUAAGGUGUUCGCUAGCAUGUUAAUUUUUAAUAAAUAUGUUUAUAUAAUGAGCAGAUACUUAUUCUGUUAAUAUAAUAUAGCUAAAAUACAUAUUCUGCAUAAGAGAUUUAUGUUGUGAGGGAUUUUAUGGAAGUCCUUAAAAACCUUCUUAGCAGCUUUGGAGGUUAAAUUAUUUUUAAUGAGGCUUGUGUGCAUUAAUUAUCUAACACUGUCAGAAGAGAAGUCUGGUCGGUUCUAUCAAAAAAAAAAUAGUCUAUUUGAAAUUAUUCCUUUUGAAAAUUGUUCAUUAUUUGAUAUUUUAAGGUCUGGGAAGCUACUGUUUCCAGCAUCGUUUUUGUGUGUUCACGCAGAGAGAAGUUACACUACCCCAGGAAGAAAUCCUCUUUCCCAGAAAUCCUGCAGUUCCUGAUUUCAUGGAGCAUGUUUAGUUAAAGACUAACACUUUUAUUUAUGGGUAGACCUAUUUAACAUCCAUUUUUAAAGUGAAAUGUUAUUAGUUCUUUGCUUUUUCAGCUAAUUUAGGAUAAGUUUUAACACUUUUAUUGUUGUUUUGUAAAGUUAGUGGUUUUUCAGUUGCAUCAAACCUGCGACGCACAGGAUGGUUGCGUGCGUUCAGUGCUCCAGAGUGUCACAGUGCUGUGAGUACGCCGGCGUCUCCUAAUAUGAAAUCAAUAAAAAUCACAAGA